ACAAAACAUACGGAAGUGACUAGAAGGUGAAGGUACGAAGAGAAAAGAAAAAAGUUAGCAGAUGUGAAUUUAAUUUCUCAUAACAAGUAGUGGGGAUAAGUUGACCGUGGAUGACAGAGCGAAUCGGUGCGGUCGCAUUUCCACGGUGUUGGUUGGUGUAAGUGUUGCUAUUCUCAGUAAACGGAUGACCUAUAUGUCGCGUUCGCGAUAAUUUUCGUGUCAGCUGAUCUAUACAUCCAGUGUAUAAGAGGUUGUUCGGGUACACGUGAAAGGAAUAAACGCGAUAUUCGAAUCUAACCUCCAAUAACCUCCAAGAAGGGAAUCGCCUCGAUAUGCAUAACGCGAAGCACCAAUAAUGUGCGUGUGAUAACGUUCCGCGGUCGAGAGACGAUGGCUACGGGUAAACGAAGAAGCAUGCAUACUAAUCUCGGCAAUUCUGGGACGUUCGGUUCGGCGACGAAUAAUUUGAGAUCAAGCCGUCUGAACUUCCGUCCGAACUCUGCUCAGGAGGACAGAGGCGGUACUCGGCCGACCGCCGCGCCUAGCUCGAUAGGUCUGAUCUUAGUGACGAUGUUUCUACACGUUUGCAAGAAGUCGUUGCUAUUCGAUACGAGGCUGAAGGUCGCCAUAUAUUGCGGCGCGAUAUUCGUGGUGUCGUUGAUCGCGGACUUCACCACUAUGCCCAGAACGUACUUCUCGCGUUCUGAUAACGCGCUCAACCAAUACUUCGUCAAGUGGGGAUGGGGGUGGCUGCUCACAGUAACCGUUCCAUGGGUAGCGCUCACUGCGCACACGCUCGGCUGCGGACGUAGAUCGAUUUUACUGAAGCAUCUCGGUAGACUUGGAUUAGCAACUAUCGCAUGGUUGUUGUGGACGAAGUUGUUUCAUUACAUCGAGACGAAUUACGGUAGAUGCCUGAACACGAGGGACGUCCAGUUGCAGACGAAAGCUAAAUGCCUUCAGUCUGGUAGAUUCUGGAGCGGGAUCGACAUAUCCGGUCACACGUUUAUUCUGAUUUAUUCGAGUUUAAUUCUAGCGGAGGAAGGAUCCUCGUUGAUCGGAUGGGAGGGUAUAAAGGAUCUGAUUAUGAGGGAGGAACACUCGCGAGUCACCCCGAACGAACCUAGCGUCGGACCGCUUCGAAAUCUUUCCAAUUUCGACCUGGAGUUCUUGAAGAAGGCCCAUAGAGCGUUGACGCCUUAUCUCAGAGGACUUUUCGUUGCUAUGACGUUGCAACAGUUACUUUGGGACAUUAUGUUGAUAUCCACGAUACUCUAUUAUCAUAUUAUGAUUGAAAAAUUCAUGGGCGGCGUGGCCGCUAUUUUGACUUGGUACGUCACGUAUCAAUGGUGGUACAGGUCGGCGAAAUGCUCUCUGCCACCUCCUGGUGACGGUUUAUUUAAAUAUAACGAGGUAAAGACCCAAGAUGGUAGUACAAUCAGGUCGAGACGUAACACUCUGAAUGGUACAAAUAGAUUUAUCAGAUUCCCUAUUCGCGUUAGUCAAGAUAAUAUCGAUACGAGCAAUAGACAAACCGAUACCGAUGUAACCACUUCGAGGUUAUAAACGAAAAAUAUUUCAUUCAACGGGUUUCUUUUCCUUGCAUCUAUCCAAAUUUCUGGUAUCUUUCGAUGACUUCCUUGAUCUAAUUAUCGGACUGCGGAUUUUAUGCAUUUACAAUAUUAAAACCAUAGAUGAAAUAUAGACGAUAUAUUAGGUUGUCUGUGUAAAGUCCAUGCCGAUUUUUCGUUGGUACAGGCGAUACAGAAUAUUGCAAAAGCUUUGCUUAUCGUUGUUAGUUCUGUCGAUUUCUGAUUCUGCUUGAACAAUAGAAUAUAGUAGGUUGUCCAUAAAGUCCGGCCCUUAAAAGAUGGAAAGGUUGUGGGGC